CCAUAUUCAUUAUAUUCGACUUUUGUGUAGGUCUGACAACCCUAUGCUUUGAACUUGAAUUUCUAGCUGAUUUUUUGUGUGCGCCGACAAACCGAAUUGUGGUGAAAUAUUCCUAUCGUAACUGCUAAACAAGAAUUCGUCUAGUCAAUUAAAAUGGGAGCCAGUACUUCAAAGGGAGUCGGAGUGGCCCAGGCAGCGGCCACUCCUGUUGUCUCCGCCGCCCAGCCAGAAGCCGCCAGUGGAGCCCCUGCAGCCGCCGCUGCCGGUGAGAAGCCGAAGUGCAAGGCCUGCUGCGCUUGUCCUGAGACCAAGCGGGCACGUGAUGCCUGCAUCGUGGAGAACGGCGAGGAGAACUGCUCGGCACUUAUUGAGGCGCACAAGAAGUGCAUGCGUGAUGCCGGCUUCAACAUCUAAGUUGAGCUGAAUCCUGAAUCCCAGCGCCCCCACUACCCCAGACACCCCUCACUGUUGUUUUUUGUUGUAUCUCAAGCUAAUUAUAGAACUAAAUUAAUUGAAAA